AUGCGCAAUUACUAUAUGCAAGAGAAAGUCGACCUAUUGGAAAAAGAUCCAAUUAAAGUUUUAGCUUGCGGUCACACUUAUCACAAGUCUUGCUAUACCAAUAACGGAUUCAAGUGCAUGCAUUGUCUUUCAUUUUUACGAGAUGGUAUUGAUGAACAAGUUCAAUCUUUACUAGAGCGCUUGCAACGUUUCAAUGAAGAACAGCAAGCAGAAGUUGAAGAUCCAGAAAAUAAUAUUCCCUGCGACGACGACGACGAAAGUGAAUCCGUAAAAUAUAUGGCAUUUACAUUAGAGGAAGCAUUGCGUAAAUUUCAACAGCAAUAG